AUGCUUCCUUGGAGGGACCCCAGCCAAGAUGAGGGCAUCUGCCCCAUCUGCCAGGAGCACCUGAAGGAGGCCACGAGCACCGAGUGUGGACACCUCUUCUGUCGAGGGUGCCUGACCCAGCAUGUGCAGAAGGCCUUGGCCUCUGAUGUGCUCUGCUGCCCCCUGUGCCGGAAGCCCUGUCCCGAGUGCAUUCUGGGGACAGGCUUGGUCUGCCCCAGCCACCAGAAGAGGGCGAGCAGUUUCUGUGAGGAGAGCAGAUGUCUUCUGUGUCCACAGUGCCUGGAGUCCCCUGAACACAAGUCUCAUUCAGAGCUCACCAUUGAAAAUGCUAUCAGCCACUACAAGGAACGACUCAGCCGCCGUAGCCGGAAGCUCAGAAAGGACAUUGCAGAACUUCAGGGGCUCAAGGCUCAGGAGGAGGAGAAGCUGCGAGCUCUGCAGGUAGACUGUGGGAACCAUUGGCUGGAGGCUGAGCUAGGGAGCCAGUGCCAAGCCCAGGGACAGCUGGAUGCCCUGUCUCAGCAGCAGCUGGACCAGCUGGAGGUGGCCAGAAUCCUCAACCUCUCCAACGCAAUAAUGCAGCUCAGCAGACUGGUCACUGACUUGGAGAGGACUGUCAAGGAGUUAGACGCCAACACACUGAAGAAUGCCAUUGACUUGUUGGACAGGAGUGCUCCACAGAAAUUAGAGGCUAUUCAUCCCAUGCUGGAGAAAAGGGUCGGCAAAUCAUCCCUGGAGCCAUUCUCAGAGUUCUGA